AUGAGCGCGGUGCGUAUACGACUGUUUUUUGUAGAUAGGUGUGGCUCAGGCAUCAACGUUGUCCGGGAGCGGAUUAAGACAUACACCCGCCUGAACAUUUCACACAAUCGCAUUAACCAAGAGACGGGCAGGGUGAUGCCUAACUUCAAGAUCAUCAUCUUGGAUGAAGCUGACAUGAUCACCCCGGAUGCGCAAGCUGCGCUGAGGCGUGUUAUCGAGAACUUCUCAAACAUAUCGCGGUUCAUACUGAUAUGCAACUACCUCCACAAGAUCAUUGGACCUAUUUACAGCCGUUGCUCGGCUUUCCACUUCAAGCCCAUCGUACAAGAGGCUCAAGUGGAGCGCCUCAGGUUCAUCUGCCAAUCUGAGCAGCUGGAGUGCGACGAUGAUGCGCUAGACUUCCUCACGCGCGUAUCGCAGGGUGACAUGCGUCGCAGUGUGACACUGCUUCAGUCAACGGCAAGUCUCUACAGCAAGGUCACGGAGGACGCAGUUCGCAAUGUAUCCGGCUAUCCGCCACGCCACAUCGUAGAAGACAUCUUUACGGCGUGUAUGUCGCCAAACAACGAGGUGGAGGCCAUCUGCAAGCAGGUAGUACACGACGGCUGGGAAGUAGCAGCAAUCUUCCAACAGCUUGCCGAAUAUGUUGUGAAUUGCGAGACUCUGAGCGAUGUCCAAAAGGCCAUGAUCACGAUCGAGUUGUCGGGCAGAGAUUUUGCGCUUCUGCAAGGUCGGUUCGACAGCGACCCUUCGGUCAAGGAGGUUGAGCUCGGUCACAAAGAGACCAUCGCCGCUGUCAAGGAACGUCUGUUCUCCGAGGAUAUCAGCAACCAUCAUAAGAUACGCAUUAUCCAUGCCGGCCGCCCGCUCUGCGACAGCGCGGUGCUCAGCGGCCUGCGGGGUUACGAAGCCGGCGAGCCGCUGGUACUGACGGUGUUCGUCACCAAGCCGGACACCAUCGAACCCGUGGCUGAUUCAGUGUACAGCCCCGAGGCGCGACCUGUGGAAAUGGAGCACGUCCGCAUGGAUUAUGGUCGUGGCGACGCUAUGGUGCUACAAAUUUAA